AUGAGGCUGUGCAGAGCUGCUGCCCGGAGGAGGAUGCUCGGCCUCUGGCUGCUGCUCCUCGGUUUCGCCCUGAUCACUCUGGCGCUAUCGGACCUGUUGAACCGCGACAAGAGCCCCAGCCAUCAGAAUCCAGGACCUCCUCGACGCCCCCUGCAGCGGUCCCCGAGUCCACCGGACCUGGAAGUCAUCGUGGACUCCCGGGACCCUGCCCUGGAGCUCGGCGUCGACCUCUCCCCGAUAAAAUCUUUUCAAGAGGACCAGCUUUUAUUCGUGCCAAUGGCAUCCGCGCAAGGCACAAGGAGCGCGCCGCAAAAGAAGGGCAGCUACAAGGUGCUGCUGCCCGGGGCGUAUAAGGACAACAGCGCUCCUGAGCCUCCGACGCACGAUGAGCUGGGCCAAGUGCUGCGGCUACACCUGGAGGGUGUGGAGAGGGAGACGGAGGUGGCCGCCGUGAUGAAGUACGGAUUCAACGAGGUGGCCAGUGAGAGGAUUUCACUGCAUCGCGGGCUGCCCGAGACGCGCCAUCCUGGGUGUCUGGGGGAGCAGUACAGUGAGUCUCUGCCGUCUGCGAGUGUUGUUAUAUGUUUCCACGACGAAGCCUGGUCCACGCUCCUGCGCACCGUGCACAGCGUCCUCAACACUGCGCCCAAAAAGCACCUGCACGAGGUUCUGUUGGUGGACGACCUGAGCCAGCAAGGUCACCUGAAGACUGUGCUGAGUGAGUAUGUGUCACAUCUGGAUGGGGUGCGUUUGAUUCGCAGCACCAGGCGCCUGGGCGUCGGUGGGUGCCGCACCCUGGGGGCUGCCAGGGCCACAGCAGAGGUGCUGGUGUUCAUGGACUCCCACUGUGAGUGCCAGAAAGGCUGGCUGGAGCCACUCCUGGAGAGAGUGGCCCAGGACAGGACCAGAGUGGUGUCCCCCAUCAUGGAUGUGAUAGACUGGCAGACCUUUCAGUACAACGCCACCCAGUGGCCGGUUAGGGGGGUGUUUGACUGGAAACUUGACUUCUUCUGGGAAUCAAACCUUCCGCUGCAAGACAAGGACCCAGACUCCGCUCUGCAACCUUUACGGUCUCCAGCGUUGGGAGGAGGCGUUGUGGCUAUCGACAGAUAUUUCUUCCAAAAGAUAGGAGCCUACGACCCGGGGAUGCUGCUGUGGGGAGCGGAGCAAAUUGAGCUGUCAAUCAGGGUGUGGUCAUGCGGGGGCUCCAUGGAGGUGGUCCCCUGCUCACGUGUGGCCCACCUGGAGCACCACCACCUGCCAUACCGCUUCCCAGACCAGGAGCUGCUUCAGAGGAACAAGAUCCGCAUCGCAGACACAUGGAUGGACACGUACAGGAAGAUUUUCUACAGGAGGGACACACUGGCUCAUUUCAUCAGGCAGUCGGAGAGCCCCAACAUCACCGAGCGGCUGCGGCUGAAGAGGAGUCUCGGCUGCAGGAACUUCCACUGGUACCUGACGGCCGUUUAUCCACAGCUGUACAUCCCACAGGACAGGCCUGCACUGUCAGGCGAGCUGUAUAACGUGGGCACUGGCAGCUGUGCAGACUUCCCUCGAGGGCGGGGGGCACAAGGUGGGCCCAUGAAGACGGCACCGUGCAGUGGGACGGGCAGCCAGCACUGUGAUCUAAACUCUGAGGGUGAGAUGCGGUGGGGUCCGAUGGGGGCUCUGUGCCUGGACUCAGACGGGGAGAGGGUGGUUCUCUCUCCCUGCCCCACCCACAGGUCGUCAACCAGCAGACUCCAGUGGAAGUUCAUGAAGCUCAGCGGCCAACUCAUCCACCAGCAGUCUCAGUUGUGUCUGGAGGCUGUAAAGGAAGGAGAACCCCCGCAGAGCAGCCCCAGGGAGGUCAACACCCACCUCAGCACAGGGGGUCUCCUCCUGCGCCCCUGCACCCAUCACCCUGAACAACAGUGGCACUUUGAGCAACUGGUGGCACCUAAAGGUGAAUGAUACAGAAAAACCCCAUAGGACUGAUGGAUUUGCAAGAUGUUAAUCCUGGGCAGAUAUUAUCAAAUAUUUACUCUGCACAGCAGCAGAAAGUGGCUUCUGCCCUCAGUGAGGUGGUGUCGAAAAGAAGAUACAAAAUAUAGUUUUUACUCUCCACUUUGCCACUGAAUGUCUAUGUUCCUGUUUUAAGGAUU